UUAGACCCACCAGAUGCUCAAGUGGCAGCUACAAAAGAAAUGAAAGAGAAAGGCACUCCUCUGGUACCUGCUGAUAAACCUGAAGCACCUGGACCUGAUGGAGAAGAAGGAGACAUACCAAAGCCUCCAGUCCAUGUUAUUGAUGGUGAAGAGAUUGUGCUAGUCUGUCAGGUCAUGUUGCGGAAGGAAACACUUGAUGGCCUCAAAGAUGAAGAAUGCUUGAGAUCUGCCCCUGUGGGUAUGGCUGGUCUCUGCGAGUUGCAUUAUAAGGAAUAUUUGGUUUAUAAGAUUAACAAAGAAGGAUUGGACCCUGUUGAGAUGUAUGGUAUACAUCAAGUGAAGCUGAUUUUAAGGAGAGAAGAGCUAGAAGUUCCUGAGGAAGAAGAUGAUGAAGGCGAAGAGGAAUACAAAGGAAGAUUGAUUGAGAUUAUUAAGGAAAGAAUUCCAAUUGUUAAGAAAAAGGAGAGUGAUUAUGCCUAUUACACUGAUGAAGACUUAGAAACUGCUUGUAGUGUUCUCAACGAGCCUUGUUACCCUUGUAUCAUAUGCUAUGAUGAAUUUCCAAUGGAUGAGAUGCUGUGCAUGCCUGCUUGUGGUGACUCACUAUGUAAAUACUGCUUCAAGGAACACUUUUCAAUUACAAUCAGAGAGAAAAGUGUUAAACAUUUCAAUUGUCCCAUUUGUGGACUGCCAGAUUUAGGUGACAAUGACCAGAUGCUAGAGAUGAAUCUUGAGCUCUUUGUGGCUUUGGUAAAGGCACAUCUUGAUUCUACCGAUUAUGACUUGUGUCGGAAAAAAUUGGCUGACUUUAAUCUUUCAAAAGAACCUGGAUUUGUUAGGUGUACUCAUGAAGGCUGUGGGGCUGGUUUUAUUAAUGAUUAUCAAACUCAUAGCUCUGCUGAUCAUUAUCCACUCAACCAUUCUUCUGAUCCUCAUCAUCAGUUCACUAUUGGGUCAAUGGUGCGUAUUGAUGUUCAAAAAGGUGAUCCAUUGUAUGGUGUAGUAAAGUGGAUAGGGACACUACCUGACUACCCUGGAACAAUAGCUGGAGUGGAAUUGGAGAGGCCAUUACGAGAUUGUACUGAUGGUACAUGGCAUGGAACAAGAUUCUUUACAUGUCCUCCUGGUAAAGCUUACUUCUGUCCAUUGAAUACUCUCAAACAAGACACAAGAUAUAUGGAUGAAGGACAAGUACCAGCACAUAUGAGACAAGAUAUUGAUAACCCAUUAGCAAAGUAUGCACCAGUAACUGAAGACAUUGACACUAUGGGAUCUCCUGAUCUAUUCAAAUUGUACAUUGGUGAUGCUCAUGGUAUUCAAGGUCAUCAUAAUUCAUGUUACCUUGAUUCCACUGUGUUUGGAUUAUUUGCUCUCUCUGAUUCAUUUGAUGAGUUGAUAUUCAAAGAACCAACUGAAGAGGUUGGAAGAAAAGUUAAAGAAUUCCUUUGGAAAGGAAUUGUUAAUCCUUUGAGAAAGUAUGGGUUAGCAAGAUAUGAGUCAAUAAUGGGAUUGGGAGAUAGUUUAGAAGAAUUUGGUAGAAUGAAAGGAGCCAAAACUGAUGAAAAAGAUCCUGAAGAAUUUCUUAAUCUUUUGUUUAAGGAGGUGCUUCACAUACCUCCAUUUCUCACUAUUAAACGUCCUUUUGGAAUUGAAAAGGAGUUUUUCAUUCAGCUGUUCUUUGAGAUUGAUCCUAAUAAUACUGAAGUACCUAAAACAGAGAAACUGAUAGCACAAAUGUUUCAUGAACAAAACAUCUCAUUCACUAGAGUUCCUUCUAAACUGUUGCUUCAGAUGCCACGUUUUGGUAAAGAAUUCAAAAUGUACAGCAAAAUAAUUCCAUCACUGACACUUGAUGUGAAACCAUUAAUGGACCCCAGUAAAAGAGGAGGUCAGAAAUGUAGACUCUGUCUAAGUGGUUCAGUAUCUUCUGUUUGUUAUGCUUGUCCUAAGGAAUUAUUCAACACUUAUGAUCCUUAUGUUUAUUAUUGUUCUGAGUGUAAUGAAAGUGUACAUGAAUCUCGUAAAGGUCAUCGUGUGGAAGCUGUAGAUAUCAAGCCAGGGUCUGCUGAUGUUGGACAAAUUUUAAAGAUGGAGUUGCUGUCAGUGAUAUGUGUUGAGACCAGUCAUUAUGUGUGCUACACUAGAUCAGGAGAAAAAUGGCUGUUUCAUGAUAGCAUGGCUGAUAGAUUAUAUGAUAUGUACAAUGUUCCUAGAGUGGUUGAUGUUACUGCUGGGUUACAGGAUUGGAUCUACUCCCCUACUGCUAGUGAGGAUCGACUGAUGAAUACUCCUGCUAGAGAUAUACCAGAAUAUGUUCGUAGAUUCACUCAAGAUAUUUACAUGUGUGUAUAUGUUAAUCCUGACCUUGAUAUGUAUGGUGACAAUGAUGUUGAAGAGUCACUUUCACCCAAUAAUAAGAAUUAACGAUAAUAAUUAUGAUGUUAAAUGUUUGUAACACUUAUGCUUUUUUUGUUCGGAUUUGACUGCUAUUAUUCUGAUCUGGAUAUGUAUGGUGACAAUGAUCUUGAAGAAUUACUUUCACCUAAUAAUUAUUAUUGACCUUUUUGCACAUUAUUUUUUACUGUUAA